CUCUUCUCUGUAUCACGGAGGCGCUCUGCACUGCUAAAGCUAACUCUCUCUCCUCUGCUCUCAUCCUUCUAGACCUAUCGGCUGCCUUCGAUACUGUGAACCAUCAGAUCCUCCUCUCCACCCUCUCCGAGUUGGGCAUCUCCGGCGCGGCCCACCUGACAGGUCGCUCCUACCAGGUGGCGUGGCGAGAAUCUGUCUCCUCACCACGCGCUCUCACCACUGGUGUCCCCCAGGGCUCUGUUCUAGGCCCUCUCCUAUUCUCGCUAUACACCAAGUCACUUGGCUCUGUCAUAACCUCACAUGGUCUCUCCUAUCAUUGCUAUGCAGACGACACACAAUUAAUUUUCUCCUUUCCCCCUUCUGAUGACCAGGUGGCGAAUCGCAUCUCUGCAUGUCUGGCAGACAUAUCAGUGUGGAUGACGGAUCACCACCUCAAGCUGAACCUCAGCAAGACGGAGCUCCUCUUCCUCCCGGGGAAGGACUGCCCGUUCCAUGAUCUCGCCAUCACGGUUGACAACUCCAUUGUGUCCUCCUCCCAGAGCGCUAAGAACCUUGGCGUGAUCCUGGACAACACCCUGACGUUCUCAACUAACAUCAAGGCGGUGUCCCGUUCCUGUAGGUUCAUGCUCUACAACAUCCGCAGAGUACGACCCUGCCUCACACAGGAAGCGGCGCAGGUCCUAAUCCAGGCACUUGUCAUCUCCCGUCUUGACUACUGCAACUCGCUGUUGGCUGGGCUCCCUGCCUGUGCCAUUAAACCCCUACAACUCAUCCAGAACGCCGCAGCCCGUCUGGUGUUCAACCUUCCCAAGUUCUCUCACGUCACCCCGCUCCUCCGCUCUCUCCACUGGCUUCCAGUUGAAGCUCGCAUCCGCUACAAGACCAUGGUGCUCGCCUACGGAGCUGUGAGGGGAACGGCACCUCAGUACCUCCAGGCCCUGAUCAGGCCCUACACCCAAACAAGGGCACUGCGUUCAUCCACCUCUGGCCUGCUCGCCUCCCUACCACUGAGGAAGUACAGUUCCCGCUCAGCCCAGUCAAAACUGUGGCACCGCCAUGAAGUGCGCAUGAGGAUGCCCUACAAUAUUACAUGUUUCUAA